GCGCAGCUAUCGUCGCGCCUCCGGGCUGCCAGGGACCGGGGCCUGCCGCCGUCCGCAACCGACGUGGGCGACGGGGUGGGAGCCUGGCACGGGCUGUUGGCGGAGGUCAACAUGACCGGCGGCUUGGGCGAGGACAGGGGCCAUUCGGACGCGGUCUUGCAGCAGUGGAUCGAUCGCCUCUUGACCCCCCCGCGGCCGGAGCCGGCGGCGGCGGCCCGGGGCGCCUGGAGCUGGUCCGCAG